CUGAAUUGAGGCGUAUUGCACAUGAGAUGAUUCUCAUUUUGCUCGAGUUAAUGUGAUAACUGUGCGCUAAAGUAAUACAUUUUCGUUUACUGGCCCAAUCGCGCUUCUGGAUGCUAGCCAAAUACGCUUGCAACGUCAACGCAGCACCUGCAACAACAACAACAGCACAACCCCGCAUAAUCCUACAAAGUAUCAAAAAUAAUACCUUAACGUAAUUACAAGCUCCUCAUUUCGGACUGGUCAUGACACAAUUAAAGCAUUUGCAUAUGGGCGCUAAACUCGAGGACCUAGAGAAGCUGACGAUCAUUCCAGAUGUGCGCAGCAAGAGUAUGAAAAUCUUACUAAACACCGCACGUAAGCUGUACCUGGCUGCUGAGGAAUACCGCCUCGAUGGAGACGAAGAGUUGGCUUACAUCGCGUACAUGAAAUACUUUAAUAUGUUGUCGUGCAUACGUAAAAAAGCUGAUUAUGCACAGCAUAAACAGACGGUGCGACAAGUUUUGGGCGACACCGAUUCAAAUCGUCGCAUAAUGGACACACUAGAGGUGUUGAGUGAUUCGCUGAGCAGACGCUAUGAGCUAAAUGGGUUAAAUGCUUUGAAAGCGACGACCGAGUCGAAUGGCCGUUUAUCGCAGAACAUCACAGUGCGUUCGCAAACGAUGCUAACGACGCCAAUGCAGGCGCAGGCCGUUGAAUAUGCGCCAUCGGGAGUAAUUAGUUGCGAGGCACUGUUCCAGCGUAUGCAACAGAAAUCUGUGUUAAUUAUGGACUGUCGCGCUAGCGCCGAUUAUGAGAACUCCCACUUGACCUACUAUUGUGCAUUUAAUGUGCCCGAAGAGCUGAUAACGCCGGGAAUGUCGGCGGGAAGAUUGCAGGCCAGGCUGAGCAGCAGUGCGAAGGCGUCGUGGGCAUCGCGUUCAGUGAAAGAAUCUGUGGUGUUAAUGGACUGGAAUACAAAGGAUGCGCAGCCAGCGUCCAAUACCGCCAUUGCAAUACUGUUGGACAUAUUAAAGAAUUGGGAUCCCGAUGUGACUUAUCGCGCGCCCAUACAAAUCCUCGAAGGCGGCUAUGAAUACUUCGUCAUGAUGUAUCCCACGCACUGCACAAAUCCCAGUGUGCAGGCACCACAGCAAAAUAAUAACGAUAUCGAUGGCCUCGACGACAUCGAGUAUCCCUCCAUAUCAGACAUAACCAUGAAAGAGGAUAUUAAAGCCCGACAUUUUUCGAUGCCAGCGGAAAAUGGUAUGGGAACGGGGACCUUGGGGAAACAGCGACCCAAUGUGGAUCGUGCCAGCAAACAGGCAGCUAUGCGUACAUAUGACGAGCGAAGCAAACCAAUUUCCGAGAUAAUGCGCGAACAACAAGAACUCCUACAAAAGGCAGAACAGAACGAUGUGCUCCUGGAUGAUGCCUCAAAGAAGUGGCAAAAUCUAUUCGAAUUGAAACGAUUGCGUGACGAGGGCGCUACACUGACCAGUUCCGAGCAGGAGCUGCUUUAUAAUAUACUGCAGCUCGAAAGCACCGCGGAGGAUUAUAAAAUCGAGAACAUACGCCUGCGUGAUGAGCUGAAUCGUUACAAGGAACAACACCAACAGCAGCAGCAAGCACCCCAACUCUCGCCUAAGGAUGCGGAGGCAACCCGAAAUAUUGAGACCAAAAUCCAGGAACGUCAACUGCUGGAUGCACAACAUGAACGCGAGCGUCUGGAACGCGAACGUCUCUUGGCUAUCGCGCGUGAGGCAAAGCGCAGCUACAAGGAGCCAAGACCACCCACACCGCCAACGCCCCCAGAUGCCCUGUCCAUGCAGGGCACACAGCCGAAGGAACCAAUUCAAUCAUUAUCCAAUAAUUUCACGUCACAGCUACACAUUCCUUAUGACGACAAUAGACGAUUACAAGAGGAUUCCGAUCCAGCACCGACCAUCGUCGAGAACAAUACUUUGCCAUUCAUUCCAACCUACGAUCGGGCCACGAAGCCACAGCAACAUAUUAACAACAUUGUGCGCAGCCAGCCAGCGGAUAGAAAGCGUGAUUUCUCACCCGUUAUCGGACAGAAUGUGGGACGAGGAUUAACAGGUCUGAAAAAUCUGGGCAAUACCUGUUAUAUGAACAGCAUUCUUCAGUGCCUGAGCAAUACGCCCCAGUUGACAGAAUACUGCAUAACCGAUCGGUACAAGAACUUUAUAAGUCGCAGCAACAAAACCAAUGGCCAGGUAAUCGAAGAGGUUGCCGCACUCAUAAAGGAGCUGUGGAACGGCAAUUACAAGAGCGUGGCCAGCAAAGAUUUGCGGUAUGUUGUGGGCCAGUAUCAGAAAAUCUUUCGCGGCGUCGAUCAGCAGGACUCGCACGAGUUUCUCACCAUCCUCAUGGAUUGGCUGCAUUCGGAUCUGCAGACUUUGCUCGUCCAGCCGCGAACGCAAGAGACGAUUAGUGCCGCGGAGAAGGCUUGGAUGGAUUUCACAAAGUAUAAGGAGAGUGUCAUACUGCAUUUAUUCUAUGGCCAAAUGAAGAGCACCGUUAAGUGUGUGGCCUGCAACAAGGAGUCAGCUACCUAUGAAUGUUUUUCGAAUCUCAGUUUGGAAUUGCCCCCAAAUGCCAAUGUCUGCUAUCUGAAGCAAUGCAUGGAUAUGUAUUUUAGUGGAGAACGCAUCCAUGGCUGGAAUUGUCCUGGCUGUAAGACGAAACGGGACGCUAUCAAGAAACUGGACAUCUCAAAACUGCCCCCAGUGUUGGUUGUCCACUUGAAGCGUUUCUAUGCGGAUCCUGCGGACACUGGCGCCUAUAUCAAGAAACAAAACUACUUGCGUUUUCCGCUUGAAAAUAUGGAUAUGACGCCUUAUAUAGCACGUGCCGAAUCUCGUUCAAUUACGCCCAAAACGUACAACCUGUACGGCGUUUCCAAUCACUACGGUUCCAUGGAAAGCGGGCAUUAUACGGCAUUCUGCAAGAGCGCUAACUAUGGGCGCUGGUUCAAAUUUGAUGAUCAGACCGUAACAGCGCUGGACGCAUCGGCUGUCGUGUCCAGUGCGGCUUAUAUUCUAUUUUAUACCUGGCUGCCUCCCAUGCCGGUUGAAACGUGAGCGUGAACCCAAAAGCAGUGUUUUCUCGACAAACUAUGUUUAUAUAUCUUUGUGUAUAUAUACCCAUACCUUCUACCUGCUUUUGAUAA